GAAACAUUGGAUAAUUUCCUUCUUUCUCUUACACGAACUCGUAAUUGUCUCCUCGUCUUAAAAACCUCAAUAACUGCACGGCUUAGUAAAAAAUUCCCAACCCUCCUCCUCCCUCUCAUCAAUCGGCUUCUCCGGUUUAAGCUUAGAAAAUGGGUCAAGGAUUGACAAAUCCGGACCGGUAUGAUAUUAAUAGUCUGUUUGAAGAAGCACAAACGCGGUGGCUGAAACCAGCAGAAGUGCUUUUUAUAUUACAAAAUCAUGAUAAGUAUCAGUUCACAAAGGAACCACUUCAAAAGCCAACCAGUGGAUCUUUGUUUCUAUUUAAUAAGAGGAUUCUUAGGUUCUUUAGAAGAGAUGGUCAUAGUUGGCGCAAAAAGAAGGAUGGAAGAACUGUCGGGGAAGCACAUGAAAGGCUCAAGGUUGGAAAUGUUGAGACUAUAAAUUGUUAUUAUGCACAUGGUGAGCAAAACCCAAAUUUUCAGAGACGCAGCUACUGGAUGCUGGACCCGGCAUUUGAGCACAUUGUGCUUGUUCAUUAUAGAGAGAUUUCUGAGGGAAAACCCUCUCCCGGAUCUGCUGCACAGCUAUCACCCGAAUUCUCUUAUAGUCCCAGCAGUAAUACUAGUCAAACUCAAGGAUCAUCCUCUGCAAUUAGUGGUGUAUAUGAACAACAUCAGAGUUUGUCCAGUCCAGCAUCUAUAGAAGUUAGCUCGGGAUUAGACAUCAAGGACAAUGGGGUGGAUAGUACAGCAGAGCUUACUAGUUUUGCUAAUAACGAGGUUACUCAAUGUUUGCGAAGGCUGGAGGAGCAGUUGAGUUUGAACAAGGACAACAUCAAAGAAAUCGGCUCAUUUGGUGGUGAUGAGGGAGACACAAAUGAUUCAAAAAUUCUGGAAUACGUAAACCACAUCUCCAAGGAGGAUCAAUCUAAGAAUUUACUUCGUGGAUCACAGUAUAUUGUUGACUACCAAUCUUAUGGUGGACUUUCUGGAAAGCAACUAGAGAGAAACAAUCUUGCACCACUUCAGGAUGCAGGUGAUAGUGGCGCAUACCAGCAAUCAUAUUCUCAAUAUUAUACAGAUGGAAGUAAAGAAGACCUUUCUUGGAAUGAAGUGUUCGAAUCCUAUAAGACUUCAUCAGGCAUUGAGUACCAGGAAAAGCCCAAGUCUUCUUUAAUGAUGGAAACAGCUCAAGAGCAAGAAAAUUCUCUUUGGAUAAAUUUUGCUGAAACCAAUGUUGGAAACUCUUCUUUGUUGCCGCCUCAAGAAUUUGAAGGUUUCGAAACUCCUACAUAUUCUUCUGUUAUAGAAACAUAUGAAAACAAUGCUGACUGCUAUGCAAUGCUAUAUGACCAAGGCCAUCUUGGAAUACCCAUUGAGGCAGAUUCAAGUUUGACAGUUGCACAGCAGCAGAAGUUUAGUAUCCGUCAAAUAUCCCCAGAAUGGGGUUAUGCUACAGAGGCUACAAAGGUCAUCAUUGUUGGAUCGUUUCUCUGUGACCCAUCAGAAUCAUCAUGGACAUGCAUGUUUGGUGACACUGAAGUUCCUCUUCAAAUCAUUCAAGAAGGCGUUAUUCGUUGCGAGGCUCCUCCCCAACAGCCCGGAAAGGUCACUCUCUGCAUUACUUCUGGCAAUCGGGAGUCCUGCAGUGAGAUCAGAGACUUUGAUUACCGAGCUAAGGAUAGUAACUGUGCUCACUGUGACUUUUCCCAAACAGAAGCUACUAAGAGUCCAGAAGAGCUAUUGUUACUUGUCAGGUUUGUGCAGAUGCUUCUGUCUGAUUUCUCUUUGCAGAGAGGAGACAACACAGAAACGGGAAUUCAUCUACUUCAAAAAUUGAAGGCUGAUGAUGAUUCAUGGGGUUAUAUCAUAGAGGCUCUUUUAGUUGGCAGUGGAACUUCAUCCAUGACAGUUGAUUGGCUUCUGCAACAACUACUGAAAGACAAGCUGAGGCAGUGGCUUUCCUCCAAGUCUCAGGAAGAACAUGACCAUCCUGGAUGUUCAUUGUCCAAAAAAGAGCAAGGGAUCAUACACAUGCUUGCUGGGUUAGGUUUUGAGUGGGCCUUAAGCCCAAUUCUCAGUCAUGGAGUCAGUAUAAAUUUCCGUGACAUUAAUGGGUGGACCGCUCUCCACUGGGCUGCUCGUUUUGGAAGGGAAAAAAUGGUUGCUGCCCUUUUAGCUUCUGGUGCAUCAGCUGGGGCUGUGACUGAUCCUAGUUCAAAAGAUCCAAUUGGCAAAACUGCAGCAUCCAUUGCUGCCAGUAGUGGGCACAAGGGACUUGCUGGUUAUCUUUCAGAAGUGGCACUAACUAGCCAUCUUUCAUCUCUCAGACUCGAGGAAAGUGAGCUUUCUAAAGGCUCUGCUGAGAUUGAAGCUGAGAGAGCUGUAGAUAGCAUCUCAAAGGAGAGCUUUGCUGCCAAUGAAGAUCAGGUUUCGCUUAAAGAUACCUUGGCUGCGGUCCGGAAUGCGGCUCAGGCAGCUGCCCGAAUACAAUCUGCUUUCCGUGCACAUUCUUUCAGAAAGCGACAAGAGAUAGAAGCUUCUAUUUUAGAUGAGUAUGGUAUCAGUGCCGGUGACAUUCAAGGGCUCUCAGCUAUGUCAAAGCUGGCCUUUCGUAACUCCCAGGAUAUUAAUUCGGCUGCAUUAUCCAUUCAGAAGAAAUAUCGAGGAUGGAAAGGUCGCAAGGAUUUUCUAGAACUUAGACAGAAAGUUGUGAAGAUACAGGCUCAUGUGAGAGGCUAUCGGGUUAGGAAGAACUAUAAGGUAAUAUGCUGGGCUGUUGGAAUUCUAGAUAAGGUAGUGCUGCGGUGGCGACGCAAAGGAAUUGGUUUGCGAGGUUUCCGGAAUGAGACGGAGUCCAUUGAUGAAAGGGAAGAUGAUGAUAUUCUCAAGAUGUUCCGCAAACAGAAAGUGGAUGGAACUAUUGAUGAGGCUUUCUCUCGUGUGCUAUCAAUGGUUGAUUCUCCGGAUGCACGUCAGCAAUAUCGUCGGAUGCUGCAACGAUACCGCCAAGCUAAGGAUGAACUUGGUACCAGUGAAGCAGCAGCGUCUACUUCUCUGGCUGAUGCGAAUGAGAUGGAAAAUGAUGAUCUGUACCGUUUCCAGUAGAUGCAACUUCUGACAUACAAUUGCACUAACCAAUCUUCACCCCAGUUUGACCGAUCUUAAGUUUGCCUUGGAUAAUUCUGGAUUCAGCUGUGUAUAAUGGCUUGCAUUCACAACAGUCUCUAGUGAUAUUAGAAUAUGACUGGUACAUUAUCUCAUAUUGAUUGUGUAAAUGCUUCUUGUAAGUGGUGUAAAUGGCACAUGAAGAAGUUGAUGUAGUUUCUUUAUUCUCUUGGAAGCUAAUAUACUCUUUAGUAUGGAAA